UUGAAAAUUGUGUUUCUGUUAGAAGUCAAGCAGUUGUUUUAAUGGCGAUGCGUUGGAGGAAUCACAUUCAUCAUUAACAAACAGAGGAUCGAUUUCACAUUCUGGCGCGAGAAAUCAAAGGGAAGUUGCAACAAAUGUUUGGAUAAUUAUCUCUUACAACAACUCAUUUGCAGAAGAAACCAGGAAGAUUGAGGCUCUGUAAGCCGCAAGAGGGAAAAAUCAGAAACAGAAUCAGACACCGAGGAGAGAACCAAGGCAAUGAGAAGGAGAAAUUCAAGCACCGGCUAACCUAGGUUUCUAUCUCGUUCUCGCAAACCAACAACGAGCGCAUUCCGCAGUUAUUCAAACAGCUCUCUCACGCAAUCGGCCACUUCUGGUUUUGAUUUCUGAAGGAGAAAUCGAGCUCGAGUUUGCAGAUAUAGUUGUAUCGACUGCGUUAUGGGCUGCUGCCAAUCGUUUCUUAACUUGAAAAAACCUGCUGCCGAUAGCCAUGGCCAAGACAAUUCUCAAGACGAGAAGAGCCACCACCAGAAUGGAGUAGAAUCCGCGCCGGCCGAUGAAGGCGUGCCGUCGUUUAUUGAGUUCUCCUUCGCCGACCUCAAGGCGGCGACUAACAACUUCAGCUCCGAUUAUAUUGUCUCGGAAAGCAGUGAUAAAACUCCCAAUCUCGUUUACAAGGCCCGUCUCCAGAAAGAGAACAAUCAACGCUGGGUUGCGGUUAAAAAAUUUUCCAAAGCUGCGUGGCCGGACCACAAACAGUUCGCGGAGGAAGCCUCUGGUGUGGGGAAAUUGAGGAACAAAAGACUGGCCAAUUUAAUCGGGUAUUGCUGCGAGGGCGACGAAAGGCUGCUUGUUGCGGAGUAUUUGCCCAAUAGCACCCUUGCAAAGCAUUUGUUCCACUGGGAGAAACAAACCAUCGAGUGGGCAAUGCGUUUAAGGGUUGCUCUAUACAUCGCUGAAGCAUUAGAAUAUUGUAAUCAGGCAGAACGUCCAUUAUACCACGACUUGAAUGCAGAUCGUGUUCUAUUUGACGAGAAUGGUGAUCCUCGGCUAUCGUGUUUUGGAUUGAUGAAGAACAGCAUGGAUGGAAAAAGUUAUAGCACUAAUCUUGCUUAUGCACCUCCAGAGUAUUUAAGAGAUGGAACUGUAACUCCUGAAAGCGUUAUCUAUAGCUUUGGAACUGUCCUUCUAGAUCUUCUUAGUGGAAAACAUGUUCCUCCAAAUCAAGCGCUUGAUAUGAUUGGAGGUAAAAACAUAAUGCUCCUGAUGGACUCACAUUUAGAGGGGAAAUUUUCAACUGAAGAGGCGACUUUAGUAUUUGAGCUUGCCUCACAGUGCUUGCAAUAUGAACCCAAGGAUCGACCAACUAUUAGAGAACUUGUGGCAGCACUCGUUCCCCUGCAAAAUAAAUCUGAUGUUCCAUCCUAUAAGAUGCUGGGCAUUCCAAAACAUGAGGAAAUAGCGUUGCAGCCACAACAGCCUCUCUCUGCAAUGGGUGAUGCUUGUGCUCGAAUGGACCUCACAGCCAUUCAUCAGCUUUUGCUCAUGUCACACUACAAAGAUGAUGAUGGAUCCUGCGAACUGUCCUUCCAAGAAUGGACACAGCAGAUAAGAGAUAUGUUGGAGGCUCGCAAGCGAGGCGACUUAGCGUUCCGAGAUAAAGAUUUUAGAGGUGCAAUAGAUGGCUAUACUACGUUCAUCGACGUCGGGAACAUUCUUUCUCCAACAGUGUAUGCACGAAGAAGUAUUUGUUAUAUGCUCUGUGACAAACCAGAUGCUGCCCUUAGAGACGCUAUGCAAGCACAAUUGGUUCACCCUGAGUGGGCUAUUGCAUUUUACUUGCAGGCUGUUGCUCUUGCCAAGCUUGGAAUGCAUAAGGAUGCAGCUGACAUGUUGAAUGAGGCAACAACAUUAGAGAAGAAAAGGCAUAGAGGGGGCAGAGGGUAUUGAUAAUCAAUUCUCUCAAAAUUCUUUGAUGUAUUUAUUCUUUUUUUUUUCUUUUUUCUUUUUCUACCAUAUCUUCUUCAAAGUUGUAACGAACAGUUGCGGUCGAGAUCGGGCAAAACGGCACACCAUGGGAUCUGUCAGUUUAAUCAAUUAAGAAAGUAUGCAAUUUUGUGAAA